UUAAUGGCAACCCAAGCACAGCGCAUUUGUGGCCACCAAACCACAUGGUACCGCAGUAUAAGGGGCGGACUGACCAUUUGGAAACUCGGGCACUGCCUGAGGGCCGAGGUUAGUAGGGGGCCCCAUGAGAUGCCCCUGGUACCUUUUUCAUAGACUUUUUUUGAGUUUGGGCAAGGGCACAGGGGCCCCAUGAUCCCCUAUUGCCCGGGGGCCCCAUGAGUUGUCAGUCCGCCCCUGCGCAGUAUCAUGUGGUUUGGUAAAGCGCUUGCAUUACUUUUUCCACAUUUCAAAAAUUUUGCCCCCACCCCCCCCAUAUACGCAUGU